CGUCACGUCCUGUGAUCACACCGUAGUGCAUUCAGUGAGAGGUCGGUUUGUAUGCAUUAGUUGUAGUUAGCCGAUUGUGUCAAACAACACGAUGGCCGUGGAGGCUAUCUCCCCUGACUGGGAAUUUGACCGUUUUGAUGAUGGUUCACAGAAAAUACACACCGAAGUGCAGUUGAAGAACUAUGGGAAGUUCCUGGAAGAAUACACAUCACAACUAAAGGGCAUCGAGGAAGCCUUAGAUGACACUAUUGGUGAUGUGUGGGACUUCACCUUGGACCCUAUCGCACUGCAGCUUGUCCCACACGAACAGUCGUCAUUGUUGGAGUUGAUUAAAACGGAGAAUAAGGUCCUCAACAAAGUAAUAACUGUCUAUGCGGCCUUGUGCAGUGAAGUGAAGAAGUUAAAAUACGAGGCUGAGAAUAAGUUUUAUAAUGGCCUACUCUACUAUGGUGAAGGAGCAUCAGAUACCAGUGUGGUGGAAGGAGAAUCACAGAUACAGAUGGGCAGAUUCAUCUCUUUUUUACAGGAGCUGUCAUGUUUUGUGUCUCGCUGCUUUGAAGUUGUGGUCAACAUAGUUCAUCAGUUGGCAGCUCUUUACAACAGUAACAAGGGUGCAACUAAAAUAAUUGAAUCUACUGGUGUUCACUUUCAGACAGUAUAUGAGCACCUGGGAGAGUUGCUCGUGGUUCUCAUAACUUUGGACGAGAUUAUGGAGAAUCACACAACCUUGAGAGACCACUGGAAGAUGUACAAGAGGUUACUGAAAUCAGUGCAUCACAACCCAUCCAAGUUUGCCAUUUCAGAAGAGAAGCUGAAGCCCUUUGAGAAACUGCUGCUGAAGCUGGAAGGACAGUUGCUGGAUGGCAUGAUAUUUCAGGCUUGUGUGGACCAAAGGUUCGAUGAUCCAGGAGAAGGCGUGUCUGUCUCUAAAAACACUUCAUUUGCUGAGGAGUUUGGUCAGAACAUCCGCACCAUUUUUGCCAAUGUUGAGUCAAAGCUUGGGGAGCCUUCAGAGAUUGACCAGCGGGACAAGUAUGCCGGAGUCUCUGGUCUGUUUGUUCUGCAUUUUCACAUCUUCAGAACCGUGGACAAGAAGCUUUACAAAUCUCUGCUGGAUGUUUGCAAAAAAGUACCUGCAGUGACUCUCACAGCCAACAUCAUCUGGUUCCCUGAUGCCUUUCUCAUCAAUAAGGUUCCUCCUGCGGCCAAACUGAUGGACAAGAAGAGUUUACAGAACAUACGUCUACAUAGAGACACCUUCUUACAGCAGAAGGCACAGUCACUCACCAAGGAUGUCCAGUCCUAUUAUGUGUUUGUGACCUCCUGGAUGAUGAAGAUGGAGUCCAUCUUAUCGAAAGAGCAACGGCCGGAGAAACUGGCAGAAGACCUGAGCAGCCGGUGCAACGUGUUUGUGCAGGGUAUCCUGUAUGCUUACAGCCUGAGCACCAUCAUCAAGACCACCAUGAACAUGUACAUGUCCCUGCAAAGGCCCAUGACCAAGACCUCUGUGAAAGCCUUAUGCCGGCUGGUGGAGCUGUUGAAAGCGGUAGAACACACAUUUCACCGGCGUUCCAUGGUCGUGGCUGAUUCUGUGUCUCACAUCACCCAACAGUUGCAGUCCCAGGCCCUCACAGCCAUUGCCCAUGCCAAGAAAAGAGUCAUAUCAGACAAGAAGUACAGCGAGCAGCGGCUGGACGUGCUCUCCGCUCUGGUAUUGGCCGAGAACACUCUGAACGGGCCGAGCACCAAAGAGCGCAGACUGGUGGUGUCACUGGCACUCAGCGUGGGAACGCAGAUGAAAACCUUCAGGGAUGAAGAGCUACUACCCUUGCAGUUGGUUCUUAAGAAGCUGGACUUAAUCAGUGAAUUGAGGGAAAGGGUGAAAAUUCAGUGUGACUGCAGUUUUCUGUAUUGGCACCGUGCCGUUUUCCCGAUCUACUUGGACGAUGUGUAUGACCAUGCUGUUGAUGCUGCACGGAUACACUACACGUUCAGUGCCCUCAGAGACAGUGUGCCAACCAUGAUGCACGCCAAGCACAUGGACUCAUGCGACCAGCUGCUAGAGAGCUACGACGCUGAAAUCAUGGAGGUCUUCAAGGAGCACUUGUUGGACAAGCUUUGCAAGGAGAUUGAAAAGGACCUGCGCCUCUCUGUGCACAGACACCUCAAGCUGGAUGACAGAAACCCGUUCAAAGUGGGCCUUAAAGACCUGGCCCACUUCUUCACCCUGAAACCCAUCCGUUUCUUCAACCGCUUCAUUGAUAUCAAAGCAUAUGUGACUCACUACUUGGACAAAACCUUCUACAAUCUGACGACUGUGGCUCUGCAUGACUGGGCUACAUACAGUGAGAUGAGGAACCUUGCUACCCAGCGCUACGGACUGAUGAUGACGGAGGCCCAUCUCCCCAGCCAAACCCUAGAGCAGGGGCUGGAUGUCUUGGAGAUCAUGAGGAACAUCCAUGUGUUUGUGUCACGCUACAACUACAAUCUCAACAACCAGAUCUUCAUUGAGAAGACCAGCAACAACAAGCAUCUAAACACAAUCAACAUCCGACACAUUGCUAACUCUAUCCGCACCCAUGGAACUGGAAUCAUGAACACCACAGUAAACUUCACAUACCAGUUUCUCCGGAAGAAGUUCUACAUUUUCAGUCAGUUCAUGUAUGACGAGCAUAUCAAGUCCAGACUCAUCAAGGACAUCCGCUUCUUUAGGGAGACCAAAGAUGAGUCGGAUCAGAAGUACCCCUUUGAGAGAGCAGAGAAGUUCAACCGAGGCAUCAGAAAGCUGGGCAUCACACCAGAGGGCCAGAGCUACCUGGAUCAGUUCAGACAGUUGAUCAGCCAGAUAGGCAAUGCAAUGGGCUAUGUGCGGAUGAUUCGCUCGGGGGGUCUACAUUGCUGCAGCAGUGCUAUCAGAUUUGUUCCCGACCUUGAGGAUAUAGUGAACUUUGAGGAACUGGUGACAGAGGAAGGCCUUUCAAAGGAAACUCAAAAAGCUGCCAGCCUUCUAGACGCGGUCCUCGGUGAUUUGACCAGCAACUCUGCAGAGGGCACAGAAUACUUCAAGAUGCUGGUGGGGGUGUUUGCUCCAGAGUUUCGCAGUGUGAAGAACAUGCACCUCAGGAACUUCUACAUGAUUGUCCCGCCUCUGACUGUCAAUUUUGUUGAGCACUCAAUUGGUUGCAAAGAAAAACUAAACAAGAAAAACAAAGGCGGGGCAGCCUUCACAGAUGAUGGCUUUGCCAUGGGGGUGGCCUACAUCCUGAAACUUUUGGACCAGUACCAGGAGUUUGAUUCCCUCCACUGGUUCCAGGCCGUGCGGGAUAAGUAUGUGAAGGAGAUGAAUGCCGUGGUGAAGGAGCAGAACGUCCAGGCCACCAGCCAGGACGAGAAGCUCAUGCAGACCAUGAACCUCACUCAGAAGAGGCUGGAUAUCUACCUGCAGGAGUUUGAGCUACUCUAUUUCUCCUUGAGUAGCGCACGGAUCUUCUUCAGGGCCGACAAGACAGCAGCUGAAGAGAUUCAGGAGAAGAAGGACCGAGAAGUGUUCUUUAGAGGCAACGCUGCAUCUUCUACUGAGGCUACAGCCUCUGAGUCCAGCUCAAAAUGAUUAUCACUCUGCUCCGAGAUCACUUAAGAACUGUGAAUGGACCUGACCUAUGAAUGUGAAGACCAAUACACACUGGCAGUUUGGGUCAAAACUGCCAGAGCAGAGAUGGUUUCUAAGGAUAACUUGAACAUGGACAUGGAGCUCUGAGGUGAUCGGGGUAGAGAAACGAAUGUAGUUUUUUGUAGUGCUUCUGAGCUCUUCAGUGCUAGCUGACCGAUCAGACAGCAUUUUGACUAAUACAUAUUGAUAUCAUUCUUUUUUGAUAACACUGUCUUUCUGCAGUGUGUCUGCUUGUUUGUUGUAAUUUGGUAUGUUCCACUAAAAAGAUGGUAGGCUGUUUAAAUACAAUUACCACAGAUACUUUAUGUACAGAUCUGUUUUUUUUUUUCUCUCCAUAGCCCAAUGUACAAACAGAAAAAGCAACUCGAACAUCACCAAUUAGAUGUCUGUGGAACUCCUACAUAGAAAUAACAGUCAAACACAAUUUUCUACUUCAGAUAUCCAGAUAAAAGAUGCUAAGAUUAAAGCACCAUUUGGAAUAGUUGGAAAACAAAUGAUUUGAAACCCUUUCCUCCACAGCACUGUGACUGUCCCAGACUUGAGUAAUCAGUGGUUUCUCUUAUGUUUGAAUGUGUUUCCAGUUCUCUAAAAUCCCAGCUAUAACAACAGGAUAUACUUUGUCAGCUAUAGCAUCUUGAUAAUCAUGUUACUGUUACAUGCUAUGUUUUGUUGCUUUCAUUCAGUGUUAUUUGAACACAUCCCAAUCAGAUAACUUGGGUAAACAGACAUGUAAUCCAUAGCCCAAUUUAAUUUCUUAGACGCAUACAGUGGCUAUGCCUGCUUAAAUGGCUUCAAAUGUUUGGCAAAAGGAGAAAAAAAUUAAAACAAGAAAUAGCCUUUUCAAUCCAUGGGUUCCACAUGUGCCUAUAAUCUUCAGCAUAACUUGGUCUUGGAAGAUGAAUUUUAAGUAAAUAAUUUUAUUCAUAAUUAAACUAGUGGAUCAGAUUCAAAAACAUCUUACUGGGACAGCUUAAUGGUUCCUAUGUAAAAUGAAAAAAUCAAGAGAGUAUCUACCAUAGCUACCAAGUACUGCUUACAGUUCAGAUUGUUUUGGGUCGUUUUUCAUAACAUUCCAAAGUGUUUCUUGCCAGCCUUUUGUAAUGUGUGAGCACAUUUAUAUGCAUAUAUUUGUCAAAAUAACCUGAGUAAAUAUUUUAUUGAAAAUG